AUGUCUAUUCAUGGAAUUAUCAAGAAAAAGCACCAAAGCUUCCAUGUAAGCAAUAAUAACUUUAACAAACAAAACACAAUCGCAUUCACUGCUACAGACCGUUUUCUUGGCAAUUCCAUCGCUCGGGGUUUUUUGCAACAAAUUGAUCGUGCGAGUACCCGUAAUAACCAUUUUCACAAUGUUAAUAUUGUUGCACUCUCGUCGGUUCCUGACGACCCAAACCUUGACGAAUUAGCGAUUUUUGGUGUUAAUAUCAAAAGAACCGAUUUUGAAGAUCGAGAAUCUCUUCAAAGAGCUCUGUUUGGUGUAGAUUUCUUAGUCGUGGUCCCAGAAAGUAAUACCGGUCGUGUCCGAGAUGCCGAAGUGUUGGCCAAGGCUGCAAGACAUCAAGAUAUCAAAAGUGUCAUAGUAGUCUCGAUCCAAGGUGCCGACGAAGGUCGCACCCAAACACACGAAGAAUUCCGACAGAUCGAAAAAAUUUGGAGGAACGAAUUUGAGAGUGUCGUCUUUCUCAGCGAUAUCAUAAGGGAAGAAAAUACACUCCCGUUGACUCUUAACGAAGAAACAGACGAGUUUUCUCUCAUUAAUCUCCAAAAUGUGAUCGAAACUCUUCACGCGUUAACUUUUGACGAAAGCGGACGAUUGCUUCCACAACUCAGUCGAGAGGACGAGCAAAAGAUUUAUAUCUUGACCGAGGAUUCUUACUCUCCACGGGAUAUCAUCGAGAUUUUUAAUGACUUAACAAACUUCCACGCGGCUGUUAACGUUAACUACGAGCAGGUUGAUCGUAGUUUCUUGCGGGAUCUUUUGAAAACUAUUCGCGAUGAUAAGGCAUUUUUCCGCAAUGAUCCCAAUACUAGGCGCGAACAGAUUGAAUGUCAACGUUUAUUAUUCAAUAACACCUUUGACCCACGUCAAUUUCUUCCUUUACGAGAGACUGAGAUUAGAUUCAU